CAAACACUUCCUUCCUGUUACUGGUUUAGCCCAGUUUAGAAGAAAGAUAAGCGCUAACGAAUGAUGUGCUAAAGAGUCACGAUGACUAAGAGGCUGAUAUAAUCUUCUGUACUCAGAGAGGAGUGACCCUCUUUGUUUAGCUUCAGUCAGACCACAGGACAUUUCAGCAGCCCCCACUUCCUCAUCUAGAAUUGAAGCAGAGCAAGCGAACACGAGUUUCCUGUGACGCCACUGUGUCUCUGGUCAAUUAGUACACUCACAUCUCUCUUCCACUGCCUGGGCUGUUCAGUCAUCUGCUGUUCAUCGAGAAAUUCUUGCCGGAAGGAGGAUUUGCUUACGUUCAACAGCAACUCAGGCCUGUUCAGUUGUUGUUAACAGUCUGUGGGGAAAAGCUGUGAUGGUGUUUUCAUGAGGUUAAAUUCUGUGUGUGAUCCAAACGAACAGCCAUGUUACAGCAGUCAGAGCUCAUCUUUGAAUAUGCCAGUGACCAUUUCAACUCGGUGCAGUUGAUGGGUCACCCAGACUACCCUGCAGUGAUUGUGGAGCAGGUUCCCCAUCCACACCUGCUGACAUAUACAGGUUUAUCAUGUGAACAUUCACCGAUCGAGGAUCACCAGCAGCUGCUAAAAGUGGAACCAUGUGACAGCGGAGAGGAAGAGACCAUGGAGACACUUGUUGCUGCUGACUCAUUUAACAUGGACUGUGCUGACACCCUCUCCCUGGAACAGCACUACUCCCAGGCCUUCUUACCAUCACUGGGUGAUGUCAUCACUACUCCUGUUACCCAGGUUACCGUGUCAGCUGAGGGGGUUGUGGGAGCUAUUGACCAGCCACAGUGGCACUCACUGCAUACGGAGAAACCUGUGGCACAGCUGCAGUCCAGAAAGAGAGGUAGGAAACCUCGUCAUCGGAGGGCAGAUUCUCCCACACCAAACAUCACAGUUAAGAAGGACAAAUACAACAAAGGUGGAAACACACUUUACCUGUGGCAGUUCCUGAUGGAGCUACUGCAAGACAGACAAGUCUGCCCCCGUUACAUCAAAUGGACUGAUCCGCAGGCUGGGAUCUUCAAGCUGGUCAACUCCAAAGCUGUGGCCAGGCUCUGGGGCAAACACAAAAACAAGCCAGAUAUGAAUUACGAGACGAUGGGAAGAGCACUCAGGUACUACUACCAAAGGGGCAUACUGAAUAAGGUUGAAGGCCAGCGUCUCGUUUACCAGUUCACCUCUCUUCCCAAAGACAUGAUCUACAUCACAGAUGGAGAUGGCACCAAAGAGGAGGAAAAUAAUGAUCACAACAGUAGCAACGAUGAUGAUGUAAGUGAUGACUCCGGCAGUGCAAUAUCUAGUGACCAGUCAGAAGAGGAAGAGGAUUCUCCUUACCCGCCGCAAAAGAAAAUGGCAUUUGUCUCACUCCAAGCCACGCCCACACAGCGCAUCAAAUCAGUUCCCAGGCCUUCAGCUCAGCGUGACACUGUGCUGCGACCCACCAGCACCAGUUUGAUCCAGGAGCAGCACUUGCCCAUUGUGUCUGCUGAGAUGCUGCGGACACUCCAGAACCUGCAGAAGGUCCAGUCCCUGCAACCCGCAGGUCACGCGUCAGUCUUUAAAACAGCUCAGCUGCUGGGGAGUCUGUGUGAGCGACAGGCUGCCGCUGAGGUGGCUGUAGACAGUGACUGUGCUCCGAAGACACCCGAAGUAAAGAUGCAUGUGGGACAGAAAACACCACAUCUGGUGCCUCUGACAAGUUCUGACCAAUAGAACCGACCCACAGCAUCCACACACCCUCAAACACAUGCAUGCCCACACACUCCGUUGACUCAGGACCACUUAAAAAGCUGCUCUUUGCUGUGGUGGCAUCUGCACGCCAGUGAUAACGUCUGACAUGUGGAAGAUCUAGAACUGAUUCACUUUUUCAGAUCAUCAGAAGCAGGCGAUUCUGGAUCAGUUCAACAAAGGUUUAGAUCAUGAGAUCUUUGUUAGAAGAUAGUAAAAACCAAAACAUCACUGCAGCCUAGCUUAAAUUAAAGGCAUGCUAAA